GCCGAGUAUCAACCCCAACAAUUUCCAAGUCUCUAAUCCGGUAACACCACAGCCUCUUACCACCGAAGUCCAACACUGAUCUCUGUCCAACUAGUAUCAAGUCUCCAAUCUGAAGAAGAAGAAGAAGAAGAAGAAGAAGAAGAAGAAGAGAACAGAGGAGGAGAGAGGUGAGGAGGAGGAGAACCAGGGACUGUGGAGGGAGGAGACGACCUCACCCCUGAGUACCUGGUCUGCUGCAACUGCCUGGAGCCGAAGUCGGCUAUGGCUGUCCGCUGUCUGGCUCCUCGCUCGCUGCUGCCUGCUGCGCUAGCCGCGCUGCUGCGGCACCUCCGAGCUUGCGCUGAGAACAGCGCAGCGUUACUGCUCCGCUCUUACGACGAAGAGCAGGAUGAUCUUUAUAGUGAGCCACCAAGGCCAAGCUCUCCCGUAACACAGGAUUUUUUUGCUGCUGCAGCCGAAAGGAAACGCAAACGAGAGAGCCCAUCUCCACCUAGGCCUCGGUAUCAGUAUGAUGUGAACGAAAUUCCUCAGCAGGAUGGAGCACCAGAUUCUCCAGAGGAUAUGGCUGAGCGUUUGGACAUACUUGGAAGGACAGGGGCAGCAGAUCAGCACUCCAGUGACCUGAGAAUCUGCGCCCCAGCUGUUGCACGGGAAGCACAGAGGCGGGCUAUCAGGGACUUGACGGCUGAUGAAGAAGCAAGGGUUGAUGCAGAUGCAGCUCUUUUGCGGCUUGCAAUGGGGGAGUGCCAGGUGUCGACCAGUGGCAGCUUCAAGGAAGCAAGACCAGGGGGCGUUAGAGAGAGGUGCAUUCCUCAGGUGGAUGGAGGUGAUGGCGAGUAUGAAGACUAUGAUGCACCAGAUGAUGAUUACAAUGAUCAGGGAAAUGGGUCCGACUGGGUGCCAGGGCCCGAACUGGCGGCCGCAAGGGUGGGGAUCUCCGCCGAGUUAGACAUGGUGUUGCGAGCUAGGAACGCAAGGCCUUCACCGAUGGAGCAGGAGAAACUUGCGAAUGCAGCACUUUGCGUAGAGUCAGGGGAUAAAGAAGAUGAAGAGGGGGAACUGGGACGCGGGGGAGGGGGGGGGGGAGCUAAGUGGCAACGAUCAAUGCGUCAAAGUGAGCGAGCCGGUGUGUGGCGUCUCGGGCGCGAUUUUGAGUACGCGCUGCUGGGAGCCAAAUUAGCACGCAAAAAGGGGGGCCAAGAAAGGAAGGGCGGGGAGAGUGCAGGGCAGAGCGGGAUGAAGCGGGAGGGAAGGGAAAGUCGGGAUGGCGGGAGGGAGUCGAUCAGGAGGCAAGAGAAGGAAUGGGGGGGACACCGAGGAAGGGAGGUGCGCAAGGUGAAACAGAAUGGGGUUGAGAUCGGGAUCGAAAGAGGGGAGAAGCGACGUGGUGGGAGAGGGGUUGGGCGGGUGGGAGCUGGGAAGUGGGAGUUGAUUGUUGCACUUGGGCGUGAGAGGAAAAUGUCUGACCAUGGGGCUCAACAGCAGCCACAGUUGGAAGUUGUGAUGAAGGUGGAAGGUCAACAACCUUCAACCUCCACUCCUUCUCCACCUCUGACUGCUACUCAGCAGGAAAAGGAGCUGCAAGAACAGUUGCGGCGGCAACAGGACGGUCUUGUAGAACUGGAACGGCAGGAGGCAGCUGAGCUAGAAGUUGCAACAGAUAAUUCCAGAAGAGACUAUCUGUUGCAGCAGCUAGACAAGGUGCUCACAGAUGACCGCUGUGCACAGGUGACUAAACACCUGGCAGAGACGAUAAUUCUGGAGCACAAGAUCACCAGUUCCUAUUUUACGAACUGGGAUGAUCGUUUUGUUCGUUUGGAGCGUCGGGUUAACGACUUGGCAGAUCAGCAGUCCAAGAUUCUGGAUGCGAUUCAGAACUUGACUGCUCAGCUUGGGCUACCUCAACCUCAGUCCAUGGAGGACUGGGCUUUUGGGCUUGGGGUGGACAAACUUCUGCAGGCCCUGGAGGACCGAUUUGCAGACAAGGAGCGGGCCCGCAAGGCUGUUGACAGGAUUGCCUGCCUGGGACAGCAGCGGUACAGCGGGACUCUGCACGCCUUGUUUGCUGAGUUCGAGCAACUUACCUCCACCCCUGGGUUGGUCAUGUCCACAGAUGAUCUGCUUACCAACUUCUGCAGGGCGGCGCCUGAGAAGUUUGUUGUUGCACUGUACAGCGUUGGGCACAAGGACUGGAGGUCCUUUGGUCGUGCAGCCCUGGACAUGGAGGCAAAGCUUCAUGUCCAGGCCCCAUCCUCUGACAGGAGGAAACGUGCCUUCCCUCGAGGUGGCAGAAAGGGAAAGGCAGCCUUCACUCACGUGGGGUUUGCAUCAGCUGUUCUCUUUGUGCCCAAAGGGAAUGGCGAGUUCAGAAUGUGCAUUGACUACAGGGGUCUCAACAAGAUCACUAGGAAGAGCACAAAGCCAGUUCCUAGGAUCGACGACCUUCUGGACAUGGUGCAGGGUUGCACGGUGUUCAACAAAGUCGACCUCAAAUCUAGCUACCACCAGAUUGAGAUGGCAGAGGAGGAUGCCUACAAGACAGCCUUCCAGACCAGGUAUGGGACAUACGAGUUCCUGGUCAUGCCAUUUGGACUUUGCAAUGCCCCGGGCACCCUUCAGACAGAGAUGCACCGCAUCUUCAGGCCUUACCUGGACAAGUUUAUGGUUGUCUACCUGGAUGACAUCUCGGUAUUCAGCAAAACUGUCAGGGAACAUGCGGAGCACUUGGCUCUUGUCCUUCAGUCGUUAUGUGACAGCCAGUACAAGAUCAACAGAGAGAAAUCCUCUUUUGGAGUUCCCUCUGUUAUCUACCUGCAUGUGAUCUCUGGAGAUGUUCUUCAGCAGGACGAUGGGAAUGGUCGACGGCCUGUAGAGUUUAUGAGUAAGAAGAUCAAGACUCGAAAGCUCAAGGACUCUACCUACGAGAAAGAGCUAUAUGCUCUUGUCUUUGCCCUUAAACAUUGGAAGCACUUUCUCCUGGGAAGGCACUUCAAGAUCUUUUCAGAUCACUCCACGUUGCAGUGGAUGAAGUCCCAGGGAGAGUUGAAUGAUAAAUUGGCACGGUAUAUUCAGUUCAUUGACAUGUUUGACUUUGAACUGAAGCAUAAGAAGGGCUGCUACAGGGUCCAUACGGAUGCCUUCAACGGAGACAAUAUGGCCAAGGUAUUCGACGCUCGAAGCGGCAAACGUWCAUUUGCUGAGCUUGGCGUAAAAUUUUUGCUCGCGGAGGAUCGAAAGAACUUGGCAGAGGUGGUGAAGGUAGGACUCGAAGGUGGGGCUGAAGACAAGGAUGUCAUCAAGGUAGACGACGACACAGACUUCGAGGAGGUUGCGGAAGAUGUGGUUCAUGGUAGAUUGGAAGGUAGUGGGGGCAUUGGUGAGUCCGAAGGGCAUCACGAGAAACUCGAAGUGCCCGAACCGAGAGCGGAACGCGGUCUUGUGGGUGUCCUCCUCGCGGAUACGGAUCUGGUGGAAGCCACUGCGAAGGUCGAUCUUGGUAAAGACGAUCAAGGAGCUCGGAAAUCCGAGGGGAAGUCUCCGGAGUGUGGGGAGGCCGGUAGGCCAAGAGGCACAGCCGAAGAGUCACGCGGUGCGGUACAUAUCCAGGCAGAGCCAGAGGCUCCGCCUCAUUUGCUGGGCGCACAAGUUUGGAGCACGGCAUUUGGAGCAGGGGGCUGGGAGCAGCGCUGGGGAGCUGCGAUAGCAAGCAGCAAGCAGCGCUUGGCUAGGGAAGGAGAAGGACAGCGGAGGAGGAAGAAGAAGAAGAAGGAAGAAGAAGAAGAAGAAGGAAGAAGAAGAAGAAGGAGGAAGAAGAAGAAGAAGGAGGAAGAAGAAGGGGGGAGAGAGAAGGAGCCGAGGUACUUACCGGCUAUGGUGGCAGCCAUCUCCUACUCCUUGGAGCAGCAGAUGACUCAGUGGUUUGUAGUGGUGGCGCUGAUGACAAUGGUACCGGUCUUCGUCAUCUGGAAUGACAGCAAUGUUUCCCCUGUGGAACUCUGCCAUGCCGAUGGCUACAUCGUCUGUCUUGCAGGGGUGUCAGAUGUUGGGAUGAAGGGACCGAAGCAGGAGAGAUUGGACGAGGAGGAGGAAGAUGAUGAACCACCACUCAAUGAAAAUGAUGAUGACGAGCCGGACGAUGUGAAUGACCCAGAAGAAGGCCCCACAAUUCAUAAUUUAGUUCUUGCACAGUUUGACAAGGUGACGAGGUCCAAAAACAAAUGGAAGUGUACCCUGAAGGAGGGAGUAAUGCAUUUAAAUGGCCGUGACAUUCUGUUUCAGAAGUGUACUACCCCUUUAUACCCAGGCUCAAGAGGAGCAAUUCGCCGCCAUUUUAAGAAAGAGAAAAGAGGAGUUCCUCAAGCAGGCGAAGUUAAAGGUAAUUGUAGAGGAGCAGGCGGCGAAGAAAAAGAAGUUGGAGGAGGAGAUGCUGAGAUUAUAGAGGGUGGAGGAAGAGAAAAGGAGAGUUGUCGAAGAAGCAGCGGCAGAGGAGUCAGCAUUGGAAGGACUCAGAAGGCGUACAGGAGAGAGGAACAUAGCUGUGGCACGAAGGAAGAAGAUAUGUGGAUGGAGAAGAAGAUAUUCGAAUGGGUGGCUAGUUUAUCACUGGGAGAAGACAAAGAGGCAAUGUUAUAUGUGCCUUGGGAGGAGAAAGAAGCGGUAGUCAGGGAGAUGGAAGCUAUGGAGGAUCCCUUGGACUGCCAGACGCUAGAGGAUGAAAAGAGAUUGGAGUCGAUAUUGCGUCUGGGAAGGGAGAAGAAGAGGAGGAGGGAGGAGGCCAAUCGGAUGGCCAAGGAAGUGGAAAGGAUACAGUCGUGUAAGCAAGAAGUGCAAGCGCAACAGGAUAUUCCGGCCAAACUAGACAAGAUUUUGAGCGCCAUUGAAGGUGCCAAGGUAGUGGCCACGGCAGAGGCCGAAGCGCGUCCCCGUAAAGAGCCUGUCAAGCUUAAGUUUCUUGACUCUUAUAGUGGGAAAAAGGACGAUAACUUCGAUAAUUGGGAGGCCAGCAUCAACACGUAUGUGUAUUUACAACAUAUCGCGCCGGAGAAACAAGUCCUCGUGGCCUUCCAUGCGCUGAAGGAUGAAGCUGCCAGCUUUGCCAGGUCCCUUGCACGCGCAGCUGAUUGUGAGCACAAUAUGGUUGCGUACUCUAACCUCAGCCCUCUUCCUACAUUCCUCAAACUCCUGCGGGAGAGGUUCACUGACGUCGCAAGGGGCGCUAGGGCCUCCGAUAAGCUGCAAACAAUCCACUCCAGGCAGUGGAAGAGAGCAAGAGCACUCAAGGCAGCGAUGGAUGACCACGUAGCCAUCCCAGACCACGGGGUCAUUGAGACCUUGUUGGUUAACUUAUUUUAUCGUGCCAUGCCAGAGCCCUUGCGAGGGCAUUUCUUUGACAAGACCCAACAGACCAAUAUUGCGUAUGAUGCGUUAAGUAGAGAAGGGGUCCUGUUCGAGGCAAAGUCCAUGCCAAUUUCCACUUUAUGGCAUAAGGACUUCGACAAGGGAAUGAAGUGGAAGGGAUGUACCAUCUCAGGUCAGGUUAGGGCCAAGGAUCACCUGAUUCUUACUUUCGAUGAGGGUGGUGCAGACGAAGUUCCCUACAGUCAAAUUGAGUGGGGGCUAGAGGAGGAGGACAGUGGUCACGCUAUGAAUCGGAUCUUUCAUGACUGCUUGGAUAAGUUUGUCAUCGUGUACCUCGAUGACAUACUUAUUUUUACUAAGACUGUCGAGGAGCACGUUGCGCACUUGGACAAAAUCCCAAGUCUUAUGCGACAACACAAGUUCAAGAUCAAUGGUGAGAAGUGCGAGUUUGGCCGCACCCGUGUCUUGUACUUGGGUCAUGAGAUGUUCGCGGAGGGAUUGAAGCCCGAUGCCGCGAAGGUGGCCAGCAUCCGUGACUGGCCGCGUCCUCAGUCUGUGACUGAGAUGAGGUCUUUCUUAGGGAUGACUGGCUACUACCGCAACUUCGUGAAGAACUAUAGCAUAGUUGGCGCCUCUUUGACUGAUCUGACGCGCCUUGACACCCCAUGGGAGUGGACUGAGAGAUGCGAGGCUGCUUUCAGACAUUUGAAGCAUGCGUUGACGCAUUAUGAAGUCUUGAAACUUCCUGAUCCUGACAAGCCAUUUAUAGUGACUACGGAUGCUAGCCAAUAUGGCAUAGGCGCCAUACUUGCACAACAGGAGGGAAAAAAGUUGAGGCCAGCUGAGUACAUGUCCAAGAAAAUGCCGUCUCAAAAGUUGGCUAAGUCCACCUAUGAGAAGGAACUCUAUGCGGUUUACAAGGCUCUGACCCAUUGGAGGCACUAUCUCCUUGGGAGGUCCUUCAUCCUCAGGACUGAUCAUCAGACCCUGAGAUGGAUGAGAACUCAGCCGGUACUCUCUGACGCUCUCAAGCGUUGGAUCGAAGUCAUUGAGCARUAUGACUUUGACCCKCAGUAUCUGAAAGGGGAGUACAACAAGGUUGUUGAUGCCUUGUCGCGUAGACCUGAUUUCUCAGCCAAUCUGUUGCAGCGGUUCUGGUGGCCCACAUUGAUGAGAGAUGCUAAGUUGUACAUGGAGACUUGUCAGGUCUGUCAGAGGGACAAGCCACGUACUCAGGCUCCUCUUGGGCUCCUGAAGCCCCUUCCGAUUCCGGAAAGGCCUGGUGAGAGCCUGUCCAUGGACUUCAUGGAUACGCUGGUCACCAGCAAGAGUGUAAUGCGCUACAUCUACGCCAUUGUGGAUAGGUUUAGUAACUUUGCUAGAGCCAAUGCAGCCAGACACAAAGGCCGGUACGUGGCACUACAGCAAAUCGUGAAGCUGUACCACCUGCCAGCACACAAGUGGAAGUAUCAACACCUCACCCACAGCAGCGUGCCAAACAUGCCAUGUGUCACCCCUGGAAUGCCAACGCAGCACAUGUGCCACGUCAGCGUCAAGAGCCAGCACGGCCUUCUGGAGGGAUGCUACGUCAGCAAUGCUUGGAAUGCCAACUCAUCCAACAUUGGUAUGCCAUGUCAGAUCGAAGGAACACUGCUGGAGUGUGGAGAGCCACGUCAGCAGGCAAACGGUGAGUUUGAAUGGUAAACAACUUUUGACCUGUUGAGAGUAGAGAGCGGUGCAUCUUGCCCCCUUCCAUGGUGUUCGGGUGAAACCUGUUCGAGGGAUGGUUUGUGUAGUGCCUCUGUGACGGGUGUGGGUGAUCAGGAGACCAGCACCGGGACAGAAACGCUGUGCUGAGUAGCCUGACUGUCAGAGCAGUUGGGGCAUCAGAAGGAUCGAAAACAUGGAGGCUGUCUUCGAUGCAACUUUGGAGAAGCAGAGGCUUGUGAGAUUAUCAACAGGAGACGGGAAAAGGCGCAAAGUGAGGAAGAUAUUAUUUUCAGCUUGUUGAGGGAUGAAAGGUGGGAUGGAGGUGAAGUUUAGUUGCUUUGCAAUUGUAGCAAAUGUCCUAAAAUGUCGCGGAGGACCAAAUAGGUCCAGUCCGUUCAGAUCGGGGCUUUGGUGAAUGUUUUUUUGUCCUCGCCAAAUAGGUCCAGUCUGUUCAGAUUGGGGCUGAAUGUUUUUGUCCUUUCUUCUUUGUUGCUUGGGAAUGUCAUUUGUCUGAAAAUGAGGAAUUCACACGUAACACGAGUUCCAUUUUGAGAUGGCAUUAAUUAUGCCAUCAGAGGCUUCCUGCAACUGCAAGAAGGUCGAGAGGGGAAGGGUGACCUUGUGCGUCUAUUGUAGACAGAUAAGUCUCUCUCUCUCUCUCUCUCUCUCUCUCUCUCUCUCUCUCUCUCCUGUCUCUUAUACACAUCUAGAUGUGUAUAAGAGACAGCGUGUGCACACAAGGGUAGAGGGGCCUCGGCUGCGAAGCACCAAAGAGGAGCCUAUUGCUCAUCCUGCUUUGUGUGAGUUGUCUCCGCAUUUAUGUUUUGUCCAUGAAGAGUCAAUGAAGGUUAUAUUUUUGCAGACGCCUGGGCAAUUGUCAGUGCUUUUCCUGUUUUAGAAUUUUAUGAACAGUGAAGCCCCUAACUUUAUUGUGUUAAUCUGAUGGUAAUCUGGAUCCCAGCCCAUGUUCUCUUUUGGUAACAUGUGUGUUCCAUUCAGCUGCAUGGACUGUGCAAUGCAUUGUUUUCCCGCCUCACUCGUCUGCUGCUUUUCCACUCUACCUGUGCAAUUGCUGUAAGAUGGACAGGCCGAUGAUCAGAAGUCCCCGGCUAUGCUAUUUGUCAGCCAAAUGUGCUGCUCUGACCCUUUUCCGCUCUCUACCCGUGGCUAUACUGUGUGUCGGCCUGCUGUGCUGCUCUGCCGCUUUUCUACUCUCUUUCUACUCUCUACCCAUGCGAUCCCUGUGGAGAUGGACAAGCAGGUGAUCAGAAGUCCCUGGCUGUGCGCUGUGUGUCAGCCAGAUUGAGUUUUGCUGUAAAGCUACAUGAAACUGCAAAUGAUUGUGAGAGCUUUCCUGAGGAGGGUGUCGGGCGGUUCUCAAGACUGGAAAAGUGCAAGGAAACAUGGCUCUGCUUCCAUUGCCCCUGGGGAGAAUUGAUGUUGAAACGAUCCAGGAUCUCCGCGUUUUUUCAAUUUGCGACCAUUAUAUCAUUGACUUCGUAUUCCAUCAUGCAUGCUUAUCCGAUCCCUCAGCCUCCUGGCCACAGGUUGACAUCACCGUUGCCUUUUGUGUUCGUAUACCACCAGUCCAAUCAAGGCUUUUUCUUUUUAUACGCGCUACGCUGCCUGACCUUUUAACUGAGCAAUGGUGAUCAUUCCGGGUUUGGCAAACAAUUUUUUUUGUGGCGCUUCGACUGGCAUGGACCUGCUGUGUAUGGGCCGGUUGUGGAUUUGUAUGUACUCGUAUUGGUGAGGUAAGGGUACCCUCUUGAACAGCAGUCUCUCAAGAGUCGAAUGGUAUAGUCACUCUGAGAUAUACUGAAGCAAUGCCCGAUAUAGUCUGCCGUCAUUUUUCCUUCUGCUGUGCAGCACUCUCCCUCCUUCAUCCAGGUCAGGCGAGGGCAUCUCUCUGGGGCUGCAUGUCCAAUCCGAGAAUCGAACGCACUACCAACGGC